UUUUCGGUCAUCGUCUCUCUUUCUCUCAUCUCACGGGGAAGAAGAAGCAUCGAGGUCAAAGAAGGGAGGGAUGAGCGGUCACGAUUCCAAAUACUUUUCUACCACGAAGAAGGGAGAGAUCCCUGAGCUCAAAGAGGAGCUCAAUUCCCAGUACAAGGAUAAGAGAAAAGAUGCCGUUAAGAAGGUGAUAGCUGCAAUGACCGUGGGAAAGGAUGUUUCUUCACUUUUCACUGAUGUAGUCAAUUGCAUGCAAACUGAAAAUUUGGAGCUGAAGAAGCUUGUUUACUUGUAUCUCAUAAAUUAUGCCAAAAGCCAGCCAGAUCUCGCUAUUCUUGCAGUAAAUACUUUUGUAAAGGAUUCACAAGACCCAAAUCCAUUGAUCCGUGCAUUGGCUGUGCGGACAAUGGGCUGCAUCCGUGUUGAUAAAAUCACAGAAUAUCUGUGUGAUCCUCUUCAGAAGUGCCUCAAGGAUGAUGACCCAUAUGUCCGAAAGACAGCAGCUAUAUGUGUCGCUAAGCUUUAUGACAUAAAUGCUGAAUUAGUUGAGGAUCGAGGUUUCCUCGACGCCUUGAAGGAUUUGAUAUCAGACAAUAAUCCAAUGGUUGUUGCAAAUGCUGUAGCCGCUCUUGCUGAAAUUCAAGAGAAUAGUACGAGGCCCAUCUUUGAGGUGACUAGUGCUACCCUUACGAAGCUGCUUACUGCUCUAAAUGAAUGCACAGAGUGGGGUCAAGUUUUUAUACUAGAUGCGUUGUCAAGGUAUAAGGCAGCAGACCCUCGUGAAGCUGAAAAUAUUGUUGAGAGAGUCACCCCAAGGUUGCAGCAUGCGAACUGCGCCGUUGUACUUUCAGCGGUUAAGAUGAUCCUUCAGCAAAUGGAACUUAUUACUAGUACAGAUGUUAUUCGAAAUCUUUGCAAGAAGAUGGCCCCUCCACUAGUUACGUUGCUUUUUGCUGAACCUGAGAUACAAUAUGUUGCUCUUCGAAACAUUAACCUUAUAGUCCAAAAGCGACCCACCAUCCUUGCCCAUGAAAUUAAGGUAUUCUUCUGCAAGUAUAAUGAUCCGAUUUAUGUCAAGAUGGAGAAGCUGGAAACUAUGAUAAAGCUUGCUUCUGAUAGAAACAUAGACCAGGUUCUUCUGGAGUUCAAAGAGUAUGCCACAGAAGUAGAUGUUGAUUUUGUUAGAAAGGCUGUCCGUGCCAUAGGCCGCUGUGCCAUUAAGCUGGAAAGAGCAGCUGAGCGUUGCAUUAGUGUUUUACUUGAGUUGAUCAAGAUCAAAGUGAACUAUGUUGUCCAGGAGGCUAUUAUAGUCAUCAAAGAUAUCUUUAGAAGAUAUCCUAACACGUAUGAGUCCAUAAUUGCAACACUCUGUGAGAGUUUAGACACUUUGGAUGAGCCAGAAGCUAAGGCAUCCAUGAUAUGGAUCAUCGGUGAAUACGCUGAGAGAAUCGAUAAUGCGGAUGAACUUCUCGAGAGCUUCCUGGAGAGUUUCCCUGAAGAACCUCCUCAAGUCCAGCUGCAGCUGCUAACAGCUACUGUGAAACUAUUUUUGAAGAAACCAACUGAAGGCCCUCAGCAAAUGAUUCAGGUUGUCUUGAACAAUGCUACUGUAGAAACAGACAAUCCCGAUCUCAGAGAUCGUGCAUACAUAUACUGGCGUCUUCUCUCUACCGACCCUGAGGCGGCCAAGGAUGUUGUUUUGGCUGAAAAGCCUGUGAUUACCGACGAUUCAAACCAGCUUGACCCAUCGCUCUUAGACGAGCUUCUCGCAAAUAUCGCUACUUUGUCCUCCGUGUAUCACAAGCCGCCGGAGGCUUUCGUGACCCGUUUGAAGACCACGGUUCAGAAAACCGAAGAUGAGGACUAUGUUGAAGGGAGUGAAGCUGGAUACUCCGAGACAUCUGCUCCUCCAGCCAACGGUGCAGCUCCUCCUCCUGCCACUGCGAGUCAACCUGCCCCUGCUCCUGUGCCUGAUCUGUUAGGUGACCUAAUGGGAUUAGACAAUGCGGCCAUUGUCCCCUCCGAUCAACCCACAACUCCGUCUGGUCCCCCAUUGCCUGUUCUCCUGCCAGCAACCACCGGUCAAGGUCUUCAGAUCAGCGCCCAACUAGCCCGAAGGGACGGACAAGUAUUCUACAGCAUGCUUUUUGAGAACAACUCACAGAUGCCGCUCGAUGGCUUCAUGAUUCAAUUCAACAAAAACACGUUUGGCCUUGCAGCUGCCGGGCCUCUUCAGAUUCCAUCUCUGCAACCUGGAACAUCAGCCAGGACAAUGUUGCCAAUGGUGUUGUUGCAGAACAUGUCGGCCGGUCCUCCCAGCUCGCUUUUGCAAGUCGCGGUGAAAAACAAUCAGCAGCCGGUGUGGUACUUCAACGAUAAGGUCUUACUCCAUUCGCUCUUCACUGAAGAUGGCAGGAUGGAACGUGGAAACUUCCUCGAGACAUGGAGAUCGUUGCCAGACUCGAACGAGGUACAGAAGGACUUCCAAGGGAUAACGAUACAGAGCGUGGAGUCGACGCUGGAUUUGCUGGCGGCGUCGAACAUGUAUUUCAUAGCGAAGAGGAAGAACGGGAAGCAGGACGUGCUGUAUCUAUCGGCGAAGCUACCGAGAGGAGUACCGUUACUGAUAGAACUGACGGCCGUGGUGGGGAAUCAAGGCCUCAAAUGCGCCGUCAAGACUCCCUCGCCGGAGAUGGCCCCUCUCUUCUUUGAAGCCCUCGAGCAUCUCCUCACGGCCUGAUCUCAUUCUUCAACCAAGGUCAUUCCUCUCCCUCUCUCUUUUUGUUUCCUUCGUGAACCCUUUUAAGUACGUUUCUUUUUUUGUUCUUGUGCUUUUUGGGAAUGGAAGAGAUGAAUUUUUGUGGAAUGUCCAAAGAUGUGAAAUCAUUUUUUUUGUGUGGUCUGCGUUGCAUUGCAUCUAAUACAUACGUUAGAGGCUUUGAGAAUA